AUGUCACAGCAGAAUUUGCAGUCGAUCACAAAGGAAACGGCAGCCAUGAUGGAGCAGCAAGAGAAGUGGCAGCUUCGAAGUGGGCAUUACCUUGGCGAAAUCUCCGCUCUUUGUUUCCUUCACCUACCUUCUCACCUCUCUUCUCAUCCUUAUCUCCUUGCUGGCACAGGUUCUCAAAUGCUGCUUUAUGAUUUAGAAGCAGUAAAGAUAAUAGAAUCGUUUCAAGUGUUUCAAGGAAUUCGUGUGCAUGGAAUCACUUGUGGCUUCGUUGACUACCCAGAAGGAUCUUCUUCUUCGAGGCUUGCUUUCAAAGUUGUUGUCUUUGGUGAAAAGAGAGUGAAACUGUUCAACUUAUAUAUUGAAAUAGCACUGAAGUCCCAAAAUCAACCACAAGUUUGUGUAGAUUUAGUUUUACUUCACUCCUUACCCAGGUUUAGCCACUGGGUCUUGGAUGUUCUCUUCUUGCAGAACCACGCAGACACUUCACAUGAGGAGGGAAGCCAUUGCCUUGCCAUCGGAUGUAGCGAUAACUCUGUCCAUAUCUGGGAUAUCUCAAGGUCUAGUGUUAUUCUUAGAGUCCAAUCUCCAGAAAGAUGCCUUCUGUAUUCCAUGCGAUUGUGGGGAGACAAUCUGGAAGCUCUACGAAUUGCUUCUGGUACCAUAUACAACGAGAUCAUUAUUUGGAAAGUGGUUCUUCAGCAUGGAGCUCUACCUUUGACAAGUACCUUGGAAGAUGACAUGCCUUUGAAGAAUUCACGUUUCAAGGAUUUCCAUCUUCACUGCCAGCAGCAUAAAGCAGUCCAUAUUAGCAGACUUAUAGGUCACGAGGGUUCAAUAUUUCGCAUAGUAUGGUCCUCUGAUGGAUCCAAACUGGUCUCAGUCUCUGAUGAUCGAAGUGCUCGUAUCUGGGCAGUUAAGGCUGAACAAAAAAAUUCUGAUAACCAAGAAGUGGAAACUGCUGGCCCUAUUUUAUUUGGUCAUAAUGCUAGGGUUUGGGACUGCUGUAUCUCUGAUUCUUUAAUUGUCACUGCUGGUGAGGAUUGCACUUGCCGUAUAUGGGGAUUGGAUGGCAAACAGCUCAACUUGAUCAAGGAGCAUAUAGGAAGAGGCAUAUGGAGAUGUUUGUAUGAUCCAAACUCUUCACUUCUCAUUACUGCUGGAUUUGACUCUGCAAUCAAAGUGCAUCAACUGCCUGCUUCUUUUCCCCAGAGCUUGGAAGGACAAAUUGAACCAAAGUUCAUUGAUAGGACAGAUAUAUUUACUAGUCAACUCCCAAAUUCAUCUGAGAAUGUUGGUCUCAUGGACAGUAAAAGUGAAUACAUACGUUGCUUGCAUUUCACAUGUGGAGAUGUCCUUUAUGUUGCCACAAACAAUGGUUAUCUAUAUCAUGCCAAACUUCAAACCCAAAGUGUGAAAUGGACUAAACUUGUCGAGGUCAGUGAGAAGGUACCAAUCGUUUGUAUGGAUUUGCUUACUGAAAACUUGCCCAGGCAGUCCUGUAGUCUUGUUGACUGGGUUGCUUUGGGGGAUGGCAAAGGAAAUAUGACAGUUGUUAGAGUUAUGGAUAAUGCUGAAACUCCUGAUGCAGACUUCACUUUGACUUGGUCAGCUGGAAAAGAGAGACAACUGUUAGGGACCUAUUGGUCCAAGGCAUUGGGACAUAGGUUCAUCUUUACUGCUGAUCCUAGAGGAGUUUUGAAGCUGUGGAAGUUAAAUGAUUCUCUAUCCUUUGUUUCCCACUCUUGUGCAAGAACCAUUGAUGUGUCCCUUGUAGCUGAAUUCACAUCAUGUUUUGGAAUUCGGAUAAUGUGUUUAGACGUGUCUUCUGAGGAUGAGGUUCUGGUUUGUGGGGAUCUUCGUGGAAAUCUGAUUCUUUUUCCUUUGUCCAAGGGCUUGUUGCUCUACACACCUGCUGCACCUGAAACAAAAAUAUUUCCGCUGACUUACUUUAAAGGGGCUCAUGGAAUAUCAACUGUAUCUAGCAUUUGCAUAUCCAAGUUAAGCUCCAAUGAGAUUGAAAUCUGCUCGACUGGUGGAGAUGGUUGCCUAUGCUAUUUUGAAUAUGACCAAGAUCAACAAAGUUGGGAGUUUAUAGGGAUGAAACAAGUGAAAGGAUUGAGCUUGAUUCAAUCUCUAUCUAACAAUAACAGUUACCCUUAUGAUUUAGCAAAUUGUGGCUAUGCAAUUGGUUUUGCUUCAACAGAUUUCAUAAUCUGGAACCUUACAACUGAGGCAAAGGUUUUACAAAUUCCUUGUGGUGGAUGGCGACGUCCUCAUUCUUAUUAUCUUAGUGAUAUACCAGAGAUGGAAUCCUAUUUUGCAUACGUUAAGGAUGAAGUAAUAUAUAUUCAUCGACAACGGAUACCAAAAAGUGAGAUGAAGAUAUUUCCCCAGAGUUUGCAUAUCCAGUUUCACGGGAGAGAAAUGCAUUCCUUGUGCUUUGUAUAUGAAAAUGUGCCCACUGAAGCAAUUGGGAAGUGUGGUCUUUUUGAUAAAUGCAGUUGGGUUGCUACUGGGUGUGAAGAUGGAACUGUGAGGUUGACUAGAUAUGCUCCUGGAGUUGAGAGCUGGUCUACAUCAAAAUUGCUUGGGGAGCAUGUUGGUGGAUCAGCAGUGAGAUCAAUAUGUUUUGUGUCAAAGAUGCACAUGAUGCCUUCAGAUAUGACCAACUUAUCUGACUGGAGAAAUAACCAAAGUGCUUUUGCAGAAGACAGAGCUAAUCCAUUUUUACUAAUCUCCGUUGGUGCAAAGCGGGUCCUAACGUCUUGGCUACUAAGAAAUAGGAUGCAAGAAAAGAAGAGAAAUCCACUUAUUGGACGAGAAAAGGACAAGAACGAAAAUGGAGAUAUACCUUGUAUAAAUGAUUCUUCAUCAAUGUCAUUCAAGUGGCUUUCCACUGACAUGCCAACCAAAAAUUCCAGUACUCAUUGGAAAACCAAAAGUAUUGACAAAAUAAGGGGAAUGACUGAAAAUGUUGUUAUCAUGAAAAAGGAUGUAAAAUCUCUCUCGCAUUUACAAGACAAGGGUGAGACAGAGUCAGAAAGUUUGCUUGAUGAUAAAGUUGAAGAUGACUGGAGAUACUUGGCUGUUACUUCUUUUCUUGUGAAGUGUACUGGUUCCAGGUUAACGGUCUGUUUUAUUGCUGUUGCUUGUUCAGAUGCCACACUCGCAUUACGAGCUCUUGUUUUACCACACCGGUUAUGGUUUGAUGUUGCUUUAUUGGUCCCUCUGUUAUCACCUGUCUUGUCAUUGCAGCAUGUCAUUAUUCCUACACACCUGCAUGGAGAACCCACUUGGAUGGGAGAAGUGUACAUCCUCAUAAGUGGAGCAACCGAUGGGAGCAUUGCUUUUUGGGAUCUGACGGACAGCAUUGCAUAUUUUAUGAGGCAGUUGUCAGCUCUUGACGUAAAAAAGCUCAUAAAUUGUCAGACACGGCCACGUACAGGAAGAGGAAGUCAGGGUGGACGAUGGUGGAGAUCACUAAAAAGUAGCAUGUCUAAGCAAAAGGUAGCUGAUGAUUUACUUGCUCCUAAGACUGAGGAUAGGACUAGCUGCAAUUUGGAUAACCGGUCAACGGCCAGAGCAUCAACAAGUGAUGCUGAAAGCUGCACAACAUUUUGUUCUCAAACUAUGCAUAAUAAACCUCCUCUUGAUGCAGAAACGGAUAAUGUUAAUAUCACACCUGAGAUAAGUGAAAUACAGCCUCUAGAUGUUCUCCAUAAUAUUCACCAAUCUGGUGUAAAUUGUCUCCAUGUUUCAAACAUACAAGACCCCAGAAAUAAUGACACUGGUGUUUUGUUCAGUUUGAUAAGUGGGGGUGAUGAUCAAGCCCUUCACUGUCUCAAAUUUGAUUUGUCACUGUUUUCAAGAGGCAAGGAUUCUGAGAUUGCCAUAAAGGAUUCUGUUCAUUCUAGUGAAGUUCCAAUCAAGAAGUACAGAAUCAGAUUUUUAUAUCAUGAUAGAAUCACCUCAGCUCAUAGCUCUGCCAUAAAAGGUGUUUGGACAGACGGCACAUGGGUGUUUUCUACUGGGCUUGAUCAGCGAAUCAGAUGCUGGGUUCUGAAGGAUGACCGUAAAUUGAUUGAGCAAACUCAUUUAAUCAUCAGUGUUCCAGAACCUGAAGCAUUAUGUGCCAGAGCCUGUGCAAGUAACCGGUAUGAAAUUGUGGUUGCUGGAAGAGGAAUGCAAAUGGUUGAGUUCUUGGCAUCUUAGUCAUGGAUGCUACAAAGUUAAUUAUGUGGUAGGUUCUGCCGCCUAUUAAUCCGUAUGCUACCUUGUUGGCAGCCAUAAUGGUGUUACUCAUUCAUGUGGCACCGACACAGACUCGGUGAGAAGAGGUGCACCAAAUUACAUAGUGGUUCAAUUGGGUUGCUUGCAAAUCCAAGCUCUCUACUGAUCCACAAUUGAUUUUGUAAUAUUACAGUUAUGUGCACAAUUAUGUUUGGGCGAAAUUCUGAGACUAAUCUCCAUUGGACGUUAACCAAAAUAAACUGAGGUUCUUUUUGAGGGUUCUACAUUGAUUUUUACACCUGUAAAAGCUAUUUUAAGCUCUUUCUUUUUUCUUGGGCGUGCAACUUUAUUGUAAUUUUUGGAAAUUCCCACUUAUGUACCAUGUUUCAUCAUCAAAACUAGUACAUUUUUUCCUUUAA